AUGGUGUUGGGCGCGCUGUCCGACAGCUUGGGCAAGCGUAGGAUUCUCCUGGUGAGCCUCUUCAGCUCUUCCGUGUUCCUGCUUGCCUGUGGACUUGCCGUUUCGCUCUGGCAACUGCUCCUGUUCCGUGCCUUGCAUGGUUUCUUCUCAGGCACUGUUUGCAUUUGCCAGGCUAUUGUCGCUGAUGUCACCGGACCACAGGAGCGAGUGGGGAAAAUGGCCAUGAUCAUGGCAGCUUAUGGGGUGGGCGUCGUCCUGGGCCCUGGCCUGGCAGGCUUCGUCGCCCCGUUGGGCGUGCUGGCCGUGUGUGCCACUGCUUCUGUGUGUACCCUGAUCAACUUUCUACUGGCUGCAUGGCAGCUCCCUGCCUCUUGCUUGAGUCAGACUGACAUUGACAUGAAAGUACGAUGA